CCCUAAGUUUAAUAAGAAACUGAUCUAUAAUUCACCAUCAAAUAAGUUUCAAGAAUUCACCAAUGCUUAUGUGUAUAGUAUUAUGGUUAAAACUGAAAAUGGUAUCCCUAACCAAGAUAAU